GGUUGCACCUGACGGAAGCAGAGUCGCUGCUGCCAUCCCACAGCGGGUUUUGAGGAUUCCAGUCGACAAUUGACAAAAUUCAGACAGCAACUGGCUUCCCCACUCGCCAGCGAAGAUGUCUCGGGGCUCUAUCGAGAUCCCUCUGCGGGACACAGAUGAGGUUAUUGAGCUCGACUUCGACCAGCUGCCAGAGGGAGACGAGGUCAUCAGCAUCUUGAAGCAGGAACACACGCAGCUGCACAUCUGGAUCGCUUUGGCGUUGGAGUACUACAAACAGGGGAAAACGGAGGAUUUCGUGAAGCUUUUAGAAGCCGCGCGUAUCGAUGGAAACCUUGACUACAGAGAUCACGAGAAGGACCAGAUGACCUGUCUGGACACGCUCGCAGCUUACUAUGUCCAGCAGGCACGCAAAGAGAAAAACAAAGAUGCCAAGAAAGAGCUCAUCACGCAGGCCACCCUGCUCUAUACGAUGGCUGACAAGAUCAUCAUGUAUGAUCAGAACCACUUGUUGGGAAGAGCCUGUUUCUGCCUGCUGGAAGGAGACAAGAUGGACCAGGCAGAUGCUCAGUUUCACUUUGUGCUCAACCAGUCCACCAAUAACAUCCCUGCUUUGCUUGGUAAGGCCUGCAUCUCCUUUAACAAAAAGGAUUACAGAGGAGCAUUGGCAUAUUACAAAAAAGCUCUGCGUACAAACCCAGGAUGCCCAGCUGAGGUCCGACUGGGCAUGGGCCACUGCUUCGUGAAGCUCAACAAACUGGAAAAGGCUCGCUUGGCUUUUGGACGAGCCCUUGAGCUGAAUUCAAAGUGUGUGGGAGCGCUGGUUGGGCUGGCUGUGCUGGAGCUCAACAACAAGGAGGCAGACUCCAUCAAGAACGGAGUGCAGCUCCUGUCCAGAGCCUACACCAUCGACCCCCCAGCAACCCCAUGGUUGCUCAACCACCUCGCCAACCACUUCUUCUUCAAAAGGACUACAGUAAAGUGGCAGCAUCUCGCUCUGCAUGCGUUCCACAACACAGAAGUUGAGGCCAUGCAGGCUGAGAGCUGCUAUCAGUUAGCUCGCUCAUUUCACGUGCAGGAGGACUACGAUCAGGGCUUCAGUAUUUACUACCAGGCCACUCAGUUUGCGUCGUCCACCGUUGUGCUGCCCUUCUUUGGCCUCGGGCAAAUGUAUGUGUAUCGAAGAGACAAAGAAAACGCAGCGCAGUGCUUUGAAAAGGUGCUGAAAGCGUAUCCCAACAACUACGAGACGAUGAAGAUCCUGGGUUCCCUCUACGCGACAUCUGAUGACCAGGAAAAGAGGGACAUUGCCAAAGGUACGUGGCUUCACGGUCACUUGAAGAAGGUGACGGAGCAGGUACCAGACGACGUGGAGGCGUGGAUUGCCGCUCAGAUCCUGGAGCAGACUGACAUUCAGGUGCGCUGUCUGCGGUACGGCACGGCCACCCGCAUCCUGCAGGAGAAGGUGCAGGGCCGACGUCCCCCCCGAAAUCCUGACAACCUGGGAGCUCUGCACUUCAGACUGGGCAAUCUGGGGGAAGCAAAGAAAUAUUUCCUUGCAUCACUGGAACGAGCCAAAGCCGAAGGCGAGCAUGACGAGCAUUACUACAACGCUAUUUCUGUCACCACCUCCUACAAUCUGGCCCGCCUGUACGAAGCUAUGUGCGAAUUCCACGAAGCUGAGAAACUCUACAAAAACAUCCUCCGAGAGCAUCCCAACUAUGUUGACUGUUAUUUGCGUCUGGGAGCGAUGGCUCGCGACAAAGGAAACUUCUAUGAGGCGUCCGACUGGUUCAAAGAAGCCCUGCAGAUCAAUCAGGAUCAUCCGGACGCCUGGUCUCUGAUAGGAAACCUGCACUUGGCCAAACAGGAGUGGGGUCCGGGCCAGAAGAAGUUUGAGCGGAUCCUGAAGCAGCCGUCCACACAGAACGACACGUACUCCAUGCUGGCGUUGGGAAAUGUGUGGCUGCAGACUCUGCACCAGCCCACCAGGGACCGGGAAAAGGAAAAGAGACACCAGGAUCGCGCCCUGGCCAUAUACAAACAAUCCUGCAGAAAUGAUGCUAAAGAAUCUGGUUAUGCUGCCAAUGCAUCGCGAAUGUGUGGUGAACCUGCUCACAUCUACGUGGAAGCAGAAGCAGUAACAUCCUGCGCCGUGGAGAUGUAUGAGAAUCUGCCUGAAGAGCAAAUUUCCUACAAAUACCAGAACACAGAGGUGCUGCUGUACCUUGCAAGAGCGCUCUUUAAAGUGGCAAAACUCAGGAGUGCAAGCAGAUGCUGGCUUAAGGCCCGGCACGUCGCUCCCAGCGACACGGUGCUCAUGUUCAACGUGGCCCUGGUGCUCCAGAGACUGGCCACGCUGGUGCUGAAAGACGAGAAGAGCAACCUGAAGGCCGUGCUCAGCGCCGUCAAAGAGCUGGAGCUGGCUCACAGGUAUUUCAGCUACCUCAGCAAGGCUGGAGACAAGAUGAGAUUUGACCUUGCUCUCGCCGCGUCUGAAGCCAGGCAGUGCUCUGAUCUGCUGAGUCAGGCACAGUACCAUGUGGCAAGAGCCAGAAAGCAAGAUGAGGAGGAAAAGGAGCUCCGUGCCAAGCAAGAGCAGGAGAGGGACUUCUGCGGCCAGCAAAUGCUGAAAGAGCAGGAGGAAAAACGGAGUCGAGAGGCAGAGGAGCAGAAGAAACUCCUGGAGCAGAGAGCACUGUACGUGGAGAAAACCAAGAACCUGCUCACCUUCGCCGAGGGAGCAAAGGAAAUGUCCAAAGAGAAGAAGAAGGGCGGCGGCGGCGGAGGACGCCGCAAGAAAGGAGGAGACAUGGAUGAGUUUGUUAACGACGACUCGGACGAGGAGCUCCCGCUGAAGAAGAAGAAGAAGAGGAAGGGCAGCGGCAGCGAGCAGGAGGAGGCGGAGGAUGGAGAGAAGAAGAAAAAGAAGAGGAGGAGACCUUCAAAAGCCGGACAAGACGACAGCGAUGAGGAGGGAGGGGUACAGCCCAAGAAGCAACGCAAACCCAAGAAAUUCGAAAAGCCCCAGCCCGAGCGCCUGCCACCUUCUCUGAAAGGGAGGAUCAAAUCCAAGGCGAUCAUCUCCUCGUCAGAGUCGUCCUCUGAUGAGGAUGGACUGAAAAUAGCCGAAGACAGAAACCCAAGAGACAGCGGUUCAGGGUCUGAUGAUGAGGGCGGCCACAGGAAGCGCAUCGCGUCCGACAGCGACUCCGACGGCGGGGCGAACCGCUCGGGCAGUGAGGCAGGCAGCCCGCGGCGCUCCGCCGGCUCCGAGGACGACGAGUCGGGCAGCGACCGCCCGGUGAAGAAGAGGAGGGUGCAGCGGCAGUCCGACUCGGAGCAGUCCGACAACGAGAGCAAGAGGAGCCGCUCGGGGUCGGACGACGAGUCGAGGGCGGGAUCGCCCGUGGCGGCGUCGGACCGGGGAUCCGAACCGGGGUCGGACAACGAGGGCUCCCCGCGGCGCUCCGACAACGGCUCCGAGCAGGAGGCCUCCAACAACGAGGACGACGACAGCGACUGAGCUCCAGACUUCUCACAGACUCACGCGAUUCUGGGAACGCUCAGCGUCUGCAUUUUAAUUUCCUGUUAAAAGCAGGGAUCCCGCCCAGUGUAAUCACGUCACAUUAGCCUAGUCUUAGUUUGUUUUUGUUUUUUGUCUUGGGCCACAUCAUAAUUAAAAGGUUAUAUUUCACACAGAUGCUGAACUUUUAUUGAAUAGAAAACGUUUGACGGUAACAAAAAAAACAAAGACCCUCUUUUGUAUCUUGGUGGCAGGAUGAAAUGUUCACACAAAAGGAAAGUGAAUUGUUGAAUAAUAAAAAAAAAAUA